AGAUCUGUUUAUUGUUAAAAAUUACUAACUCAAAAUCACCUAACAUUUUAUGGAACAUGAUGAGUCUUAUCGGAAAAAAAUAUAAAUAUAUCAGCGAAGGAAACGCUCAUAUUGUUCUACAUAUAAUAGACACCAACUAUGUGAUACGAAUUAUAAAAGAAAAUGGACAUACAACAAACCUGGACACAAUUUCAAACUCCGUGAAUUUCGUUAAUCUUGUCAUGGUUCCGUUGAUUUUUGGUUCUUAUAACCACUUCCAUGAAGUUAUUACUCUGUCUUCUGAAGAUAUAGAUUAUUUGGCCGUUGAUUUGAAGGAAAUACGACCAAAACACAGACAAGUAAAGUCAGUUUUCAGUAAAUUUGCUAUUAAAGCACCCAAUUUAGCCAUGAUAACUCCGAAUAGUGUAAACUACUGCUUAGAAUUAAAACCUAAAGAAGGUUAUUUAUCGGAGACCUUCAAGAAUACAUCAAAAUGCUAUUAUUGCCUCAAACAGUUUUUAAAAAUGAGUGAAAAUCAAAUUGAACAUAGGAGUGACUAUUGCCCAUUAGACUUGUUCUCAGGAAAUAAAACACGGAUGAAAAGAGCAUUGCUAAACUUGUUAAGAAAUCCACAGAAUAAUUUAAAACUAUUUAAAAAUGAGAAUAUAGUAUACAAAGAACACUCAAACAUGAAAAACUUUCAGGAUUUUAUUAAAAGCAAUCUUUUUGAUUCAGUGAAUAUGUUCCUAGAUUUUAUUAUUGAAAUAUUACUUAGCGAUGGAAACUCUAACCUUACAGUAAAUGAAUCACCAGAAUCAACUAUUAAAAAACCUGAAACCUGUAUUGAAGAUAUGAAUUUAAACCCAAAAAGUUUCCUACACAAAUUACUUGAUAUACAAAAACUAUCAGAAACAUUAGAAAUCGAUUAUUCAGACAGCAAAACAGAUGAAGAUUUAGAAUAUGUACUGGCACUACUCACUCAGAUAAAACAGCAUAAUUUAGACUUAACAAAGGAGAAUGAUAGAAAGAGAUUCUUGAAUAUUGUAGAAGAUAAACAUCUAGCCUUAAUAUCGGCGGUUGCUAAAGACUGUUCUAUUAUGAUAUCAUAUUCACUGGUAGCAAAUGAUAAUGUACCGUCUGUUAAAUUGGGUGAACAGGAUAUUUUCUAUAGAGUAUCUGUUACUGACUUAGAGCCAAAAGCUGCGAAAACUUUGGUUAAAAGAAGGAAAACUGAAAAAUUGUUACUAGAAAUCUACGAAAAGAACCUCAAAACUUAACUGAAAAUCCAACCACACUCAGAAACUAGAGCAAAACAACUAGAAGCAUGGCAACAAUUAAUAGCUGAAUAUUUAAAAACUACAAAACAAUCCACCAUAGACAUAAGAGAAUCACAGAACAGUCCAUUAUUUAAUAAUUCUUC